AUGGUUAAAGCGGGUGUUUUAGGAGCCACUGGUUCUGUUGGUCAACGUUUUAUUCUUUUGUUGCAAGAUCAUCCAGAUUUCGAACUUUAUGCUUUAGGUGCAUCUUCUCGUUCAGCUGGUAAAGAAUAUAAAGAUGCAGUUACUUGGAAACAAACUGCUCUUUUACCAGACUUUGCUAAAGGUCUCCCAGUGGAAGAAUGUAAGCCAGAAGGUAGAUUUGCCGAUGUUGAUGUUGUUUUCUCUGGUUUAGAUUCCGAUGUUGCUGGUGAAGUUGAAAAAGCAUUUGUUGAUGCUGGGAAAAUCGUUAUUUCAAAUGCUAAAAACUAUAGAAGAACUCCUGAUGUUCCAUUGAUUGUUCCAAUUGUUAAUCCUGAACAUUUAUCAGUUGUUGAAAAAAAAAUCAAAGAUGCUGCCGAUCAAGGUAAACCAAAACCUGGUUUUGUUAUUUGUAUUUCAAAUUGUUCAACUGCUGGUUUAGUUGCUCCAUUAAAGCCUUUGGUUGAACAAUUUGGUCCAAUUGAUGCUUUGACUGCUACCACUUUACAAGCCAUUUCUGGUGCUGGGUUUUCUCCAGGGGUUCCCGGGAUGGAUGUUUUAGAUAAUAUCAUUCCUUAUAUUAGUGGUGAAGAAGAUAAAAUGGAAUGGGAAACUAGAAAAAUCUUGGGUAACAUUAAUAAAGAAGGUAAUGAAUUUGAACCUCUUAACGAAGAUUCAAUGAAAGUUAGUGCUCAAUGUAAUCGUGUCGCCGUUAGCGAUGGUCAUACUGAAUGUAUCUCUUUAAGAUUUGCUAAUAGACCUGCUCCUUCUUUAGAUCAAGUUAAAAAAGCUUUAUCUGAUUACAAAUGUGAUGCUUUCAAUUUAGGCUGUCACUCUGCUCCAAAACAAACCAUCCAUGUCUUGGAACAAGCCGAUAGACCUCAACCAAGAUUAGACAGAGAUAGAGACGCCGGUUACGGGGUUUCUGUUGGUAGAGUUAGAGAAGACCCUGUAUUGGAUUUCAAAAUGGUUGUUCUUUCUCACAACACCGUCAUUGGUGCUGCUGGUGCAGGUAUAUUAAUUGCCGAAAUCUUAAAAGCCAAAAACGUUCUUUAAACGCUUUCAACUAUAUUAUAAAUAUAAUAUUACAUAAUAAAUCAUAUCAAUAUAUAGAAACAU